AUGGCUCCUCCUCAUGCUUCAGAAACCGUGGAUGACCAGGAUAAGUCGUCAAAUAUAAAGGGCGCUAGCAUUAGAAACAAGGAUGCUGACAGGGUAACCAAGCCCUCGACACGAAAUAUAAGAGCAUCAGGUCGAAUGGCAUCUGGACCAAGAAACUCGAAGUCGAACACAACUCCUGCCCCACGUGCCAAGUCUUCGAGACUUUCCAAAUGUCCUUCGUCUGAGAUAUCACAAGACGAUAGCGUCGAAGAUGAGUCUUCUACGCAAACCUCAAUUCCACGCACUGCCGCGCGACAGCCAAUCCCACCCCCCGUCCACUCAAACGAAGAGGAUUACAUUAAAUCUUCUCAGCUGACCAGAUCCACCGAAUAUUCACCACUAGCUCAACAUCUUCGCAUGAGAGAGCGGGACCUCAACGGUGGACGCGACUUGACACCCACAGAGCAACGACAACACAAAGCUUCCAAAGCCUAUCGUGCCAAAACACUGAGGGAGGAAGAAAAUAGUCGGCGUCGGAUCGCUACUCAUCCUCACCCAGAGCCAGUCGAAGGUACUCCCAGCAUCAUUCAAGAAAAAAGACAAGACAGGGCGCACGCUUCUAGGCAACCGAGACCAAAUAUUACCGGUCCACAACCACUAUCUGCGGCUGUUAUGGCUUCUUUGGCUGCUGAAAAGGCCAAAUUCAAGGAAGAAGAAUUGGCGGCCAAGCUCAAAUACAUAAAGGAACACAGUGGUGGAGGUUGGAACAUUGAAGACUACCAAGAAGUAGGUCUUCGUGGCGGACGUUCUGAAAAGGAUGCUGUAACCCCCACCAGUAGCCCAGUCUUUUCGUCACAGUCUGAAACUGAUUCUGAAUCAACCAUGUCUGGUGAUUCUCUCGUCCAAACCAGUGAGCCUACUGUGGCCCCUGCUUCUAGGCCUGUUGAGGCUGCACAUUCCCCCGCACAUCCCCGUUUGACUUCCAAGCCUCCAUCGGAACAUGGUGAUGCACCAGUCGACUCCGAUGACUCAGUCAUGAGUGCUGCUGCCGAGUCGGUCACAUCACCAAGGCCCCAUUCACUCCCAGCAGCGGGAAGCUUAGGGAAUGGUAAAGGAAAAGCUGUGGCUAUGGAUGAAGAUGAGUCUUCCGAAGAGCCAGCUGAGGAUCCUACCAGCGAUGAUGAUCAUGAUAUCGCAGAUCAUUAUCAGGAUUCGAGCCCCACCAAUGGUCAGUCUACUAUGGCUUCGAGCAGCCAUGGGCCCAUCGAAAGAGAAUCCAAGAAGAUGCCUCCCGGUCACGUUGCCAUCGGCGAAGUAACUCACAGCCGAGACCAAAUCCUGGUUGGAGCUCCACAGCCAGACGCUUUGACAAUAAAGAUUCGAACCGAAAAGCGCGAUGAACACGAUGUGGUAACUGCUCGAGCUUUAGUUACCCAUAAAUAUACAAGAGGAAUAGACUGGUCCGACGCAAGAGACGUGAAGAGUCUCAACAAGUGGCGAAGCCAGAUUCUAGUUCGAGCCUUCAAGGCAAAGCAUGUACGAAGAUGGAAGUACACACUCAGUGAGAUGAACACGUUGUGCCACUUCCUGGAUAUCCAGCUUGCUGCACCUGGAGUCGAUGGCUUGAUGAUCAAUGUUGAUUGGACAUGGGUCACAACCAACUACAACAACUUUUUCCAAGGAAAGAGGCAACGCGCUGGCGAAUUAUAUGCCAGCGCCUCCUACACGGGCGAUGAUGGCAGAAAGACAUCUGCCGCCGGUCAACCAAUGAAGGAUGACCGUGAUGCCCCGUUUAGAUCUGAGAUUGCCUUGAAGAAUCAGAUCUAUCAUUUCAGAGACCGACGAGCAGUCGACCUUGUCAAAAACUCGAGAGGUGCAAGACCGUGGGAUGAAUCACAGGCAGAGGCUGAGAAUAUUCCCUCAGUCUCGCCCAGUGAAAGAUCUUCCCCCAGUUCCAAUGGAACGCUCAAAAAGCUAAUCUUUAAGCUUGGGAACGGCAGCAAGGUGACUCUCGAAGACAAGAAGAGAGCGAACACUGAAGACCGUGCAGAUGAAGAGAUGUGGCCACCGAACAAGAAGACAAAGAUGAGUGCGCCUUCUCAUCUCCGUGGGGGCAGCGGUGACAUCUGGGAAGGCUACGAGUCGAACUUCGAUUACAGCGAGGAUGCUGCACCACCAACUCACUACCAGGGUCGUGAGUUACGUUCCGAUUCUCCCUUUCGACAAAGCUCCCCCUCUCAAACUGCACGAGCCUUUUCCAAUGCUCAACGUGUCUUGGGUCAAGGCAGAACAGUACAUGGCGUCAACAACCAACCCAUCAUCGCUCAGUCUACCUCUCUAUCUAGAAGUAGGCAGGGCUCGAGGGAAAUUGAGGAGAACUAUGAUGAUGAUAGUGACGAUGAAGGCACAUCACGGUCAAAAAAGGCCAAUGUGAAUCAACGCCUUCCUAGAGAGGCUCACUUUCCGUCUGUGUAUUCACAGGCUCGUCAUCCACUUCCCACUGUUCGACAUCCACUCGUAGAUGAACAAGGUAUUCGUCAUCGCUCCAAACCUCGGCGUCCACUCAACAUUGACGCACCACAGCGUCACCUCCUUCCCAAUGGACCACGCUUGCCUGCUCAACAUGGCUCACCACAGACAGCUCCAACUUCAAAGAGCAAGAAGAGAGCAAGGGAUGAUGGCGCUGCUGAUAUGGACAACAAUAACCAACAAGUCCAAUCUAAGAGACCUAAACUGCAAGAUCAAGGGCAAGAAGACGAUGAAGACCAAGACGAAGAUCAUCAACAUCGAGACCAACAAUAUUCAAUUGCAGGAGGUCCGAACCAGAUGUUUCUCGCUCCAUUCCCACACAAUUCGAGUGUGGCCAAUCGGGAAGCUGCUCUUCAAUUGCAAUCGAGAGCUCCAGUAAGAGGUCCGCAAGUAGUAACAAGGACACUCGGGCAAACCGGACCUCGCCUUCCAACUUUGGAUGAUUAUUUCGCCGAAGAAUGA